AAGGCUGAAGAAGCUAGAUCGGAAAUUUUGUAACGGUUGAGAGGAGAAGCAGAUCACCUGUUGUUGGCGGUGGUCUGGUGCUACUUCCUCAUGUUGUUGAGCACCUCUUACCUCAGCUGCAUCACAAAGACGUCAUCAAAACAGACCCCGCAGCGAGCCUUGGAGAGCAAAGAGACAAGCAACACAACAACACACAGAACACAAUGCACUCGUUAUAACGUACUCUAUCACCGAGCCGGUCAUAUCACCGAACCAGUCAAAAUCUGCCAAGACCAACACAACUCCGCACUUUACAGUAUGUCUCAACAACAUCACGACUUAUUGCUUCAUUACAAAGGGAGACUGCAGCUUGCUCUCUAGGCCUAUAAUACUGGACAGUUUCAGAGCCAUCGGGCUGCUGCUGCUACGUUUAACGUUAACCAGCGCAGGCUCUCUGAACGCGCCAACAAUACUCCAUUUUGACUCAACGUACGCGCAAACUGCUAGAAGCUUACUGCAACUAAAGAGCAGACAAUUGUCUAAUAUAACGUAGAUUAUCACCAAGCCAGCCAUAUCACUGAACCAGCCAUUUUCUCUUAGCACAACUAACACAAGUUACUGCAACUACAACUAACGUAGAUUAUCACCAAGCCAGCCAUAUCACUAAACUAGCUACUUUCUCUUAGCACAACUAGCUUUUACCCUAACACAACAUGCCUUAACAAUAACAACUUUAGAAUACUACUAGAGAAGGUAGAGUUAUCCUUACUAUCUAGGCCUUCUAUGCUAGCUAAUUUCGCAGUAUCUACAGCGCUGCUAGAGUGUUAAACGUACCUUAUUACAUCAGGAAAAGUUUUUCCAUUGUCGAAAUCA